AUGGUUAGCCGUUCUCCGGCUAAAGCCAAUGUUUGCUCGCUCCAAAUAGACGUCACACUUCCAAAUUGCGUAAAGCAUCAAAGGCCUGGAGGAAGCCAGUCAGGUGUCGGGCGCGUGGGCAUACAUAGGACGGUGCAUUUAGGCGAAAGCCAUACAGACGUAUCCGGUCGCGUUAAAAACGCGCCGACAGUGACGGACGCGGCGUCUGUUUACCUCGGGACCGACAACGCAUUUGAGCGACGUGGAAGUGCGGCGCCGCGCGGCACCAAGGUGCGGAAAACGUACUUAGACAAUAACGGCGGCACCAAAGCGCCGACGGAGAACCCUUUGCGCAGGCUU